GUGCUCGGUGCACUGUGCUGGAGGUUUCAGGUCCGCCGAACGCUGCAUCGCCUCCUCAGCCAAGUGGAAGGACACGGCGUCGGACAAUGGCGAGAGGGACCCGCGGUGCACUGCGUGCGAUGCCCGAGGGGGAAUGAAGACUUGACAUUAUUUGGCACCAUGGCACGGAUCCGCACUCUCGCGAAGGCGCACUUUGCAAAGAUGACAUAGCGCUCGAGAUCAUGGGACUCGUCCGGGAACCGAACUCUCUCACAGCGUGAAUGAAAAGAGGAAAGGGAUUUCUAUUGGGUGCGCUUGUUUCGUUCUUCUAUACCUGGGCGGCUGCGAGCAGAGUGAGUGUGUGAACUAUGAAUCUGGGCAAAGCGCUUCUGUUGCUCCUGCUCUCCAGUUGCGUGACAAUGGUGCUGUCGCUCUCCACUUGCACCACCGUGGACAUUGACCACAUCAAGAAGAAGAGAGUGGAGGCGGUGCGCGGACAGAUCCUCAGCAAACUCCGACUGACCAGUCCGCCCCAGACGACGGGUCCGAGCCAGGUACCGUUCCAGGUGCUGGCCCUCUACAACAGCACCAAGGAGCUGAUCGAGGAGCUGGGGAGAGACCGGCAGCAGAGUUGUGGACAGGAUAACACGGAGACCGAGUACUACGCUAAAGAGAUUUACAAGUUCAACAUGAUCAAUGGGCCGCCUGAACACAAUGACCUCACCUACUGCCCGAAGGGAAUCACCUCCAAAGUGUUCCGCUUCAAUGUCUCCACCAUGGAGAAGAACUCCACCAACUUGUUCCGGGCCGAGUUUCGAGCCCUGCGGAUCCCCAACGCCAGCGCCAAGAAAAACGAGCAAAGGAUCGAGCUCUACCAGAUCCUUCAGAAAGACGACCCCAAAGCCAAACAGCGCUACAUCGGGGGCAAGAACGUCCUGACCAAGGGGAUGUCCGAGUGGGUCUCGUUUGACGUUACAGAGACAGUGAGGGAGUGGCUCAUGUACAGACAGACCAAUCUUGGUCUGGAGAUCAGUGUGCACUGUCCAUGUCACACCUUCAAGCCCAACGGGGACAUUAUUGAGAACGCUAACGAGGUGCUUGAGGUCAAGUUCAAAGGUAUGGAGCCAGACUUUGACGACCUGAGCCGCACCAAGAAACCAAGGGAGCAGCUGUACCCCCAUCUCAUCCUCAUGAUGCUACCCCCUCACAGGCUGGACACGCACUCCUCAUCCCGCAGGCGCAAGAGGGCACUUGACACCAAUUACUGCUUCAACAAUUACGAGGAGAACUGCUGUGUGCGACCACUUUAUAUUAAUUUCCGCCAAGACUUGGGCUGGAGGUGGAUCCAUCAGCCUGAGGGCUACUACGCCAAUUUCUGCUCUGGUCCAUGUCCUUACCUACGCAGUGCUGACACCACACACAGCACGCUGCUGAGCCUCUACAACACCUUGAACCCAGAGGCGUCCGCCUCACCCUGCUGUGUCCCCCAGGACCUGGAGCCCCUCACCAUCCUCUACUACGUGGGCCGCUCGCCUAAAGUGGAGCAGCUGUCCAACAUGGUGGUCAAGUCCUGCAAGUGUAGCUAAGAGCCUUCAGGGACCUUAGAGACACCUUCCUGCACUACUCAGGAGCGUUCCAGGGGGGUUUGGGGAGGGUCCGCUGCCCCUGUUCUUCAGACUUGUCCUAGCUCCAUCUCACUAUUGAAAGCCCAACAGACAUUGGCAGCAUCUGGUCCAGUUUGACUGAUGUGGUUGCGCUCUCAAACCCAACAGACCUCUUGAUGAUCAUCGGCCUUGUUGUUUUUUUACCAUCUCUUAUGUUUUACUUAAUAUUCCAGCAUUUUUUGAACAGCCCGUACCUCAGUGUAUUCUCAUCCUGUUUUUAUCUAAAGAGGAACGGAACAAAAAUUGUCUUGGAAUGACCACUGCAUUCUUAAGGACAAGAGAGGGUGGAAAGAAAAAAAAAAAACACCAGAGAAGGGAGACUGAACUCAGCAUGACAGGACACAUAGGACACGUUUGGAUGUCCGAGCUGGAAAGCGAUGCUGUGCUACACUGUGUAUUUAGGAUUAAAUGCCGUUAAAUAAAAAUGAUUUUAGGAAAAAAAUUUAAAAAUGCUGGAAACCAACCUAGUCAAAGUCGUAUUUCAAUGGUGAUGUUAAUACCUCUCUAUUGCAACAGGAUGGUGAUCCAGGGAUUAGUUCAUCUGAAACUGAAGCCUUUCUUUUGUAUGUGAGCCAGGGAUGAGCGUUUGGCUACAUUUCCUUCAUGGACUGUGGGGGGAAAUAAAUGACCAAUUCAUCGAUUAUUUGGGAUGGGAGAAUCUCUCCUUGGAUGCUCUGAACUCCUGCUUCCAUGCCAGUGUUGUAUUGGGCAUAGCGCAGGUCUGUGCGGAAAUAGACCUUAGCCUGCAUCAUUUUGUUCUUUACAUCACAAACUAGUCAAGACUGGAUCAACAGCGCCUCUGCUGGUUCCAGCCAAGUAGUGUUCUCUAUUUUGCCUCAUUUGCUUCAAGGUGUGACUAAUCAACAAUCAAGUACAACCAACCAAUCAAUCAAAAUCCUAAUGAUUGAUUAUUAUGCCCAUCCCUAAUGAGAGCAUGGAUGUCAAGUGAACAAUUUCCUUGACCGCAAACUGUAAAUGAUUUUCUUCUUACUUUUGGAAACACCUUUUUCUUUCAUUAAAAUGACAGUUGGGUUGAGCUGUUCAGUAUUAGGAA